GCGAUAUAUACUAAUGCAGAUACAGUAUAUAGUGAAUUGAUAGCGGAUAGUCGUCAAAGAAAACCUCUGUCUCGUUACAUGUAAAGUGUGAGAACUCACAGUCGUAUUCUCGAUUUGGCCAGUCCUAAUCUUUCUCCGAUUCUCUUCAGAAUUUCGAGAUUCAUCGUCACGGAAUAUCUGAAUUUGAUUCACCCCGUUUGUUCGAGAAGAUGGUGAAACUGCAACGUUUCGUGGACGUAAAAAUAUUACUAUUUUACUUCUGCUUAUUAACGUCAGGGAUCUCGGUGCCGAUUGCCGUCCAUGAGUCGGAAAGUAUUUCUGCAGGAGACGAUUAUUCGAGCUUACUAUUAGUCAGCGCGGUGUUCAGACACGGCGAUCGCACGGCAGACGAGUUCGAAACUUAUCCAAAUGACCCAUACAAACAUAAGGAUUUCUACCCAGAUGGCAACGGGCAGUUAACGAUAGCCGGCAAGAUAAGAGCGUACAACUUAGGACUGAUGCUAAGAGAUAAAUACAACAGUUUGCUCGGGGAUGUGUAUUAUCCGCCGAAUGUCUAUGCACGUAGCACAGAUGUGUCUCGCACUAAGAUGACCCUGCAGCUAGUUCUCGCGGCGCUUUAUCCGCCUGUUGAUGGCCAAAAGUGGAACUCGAAUCUUACUUGGCAACCGAUGGAAAUGACAUAUAUUCCAAAGACACAGGAUGACUUACUAUUUCCAUUUGUGUGCUCCACAUAUGUGGAAAUGUUGAAAGAUCUGCUACAAAGUUCAGAAGUGAAAAAGAAAAUAGAACAGUUUAAUGAUUUCAUGGAGACAGUAUCAAAGUAUACAGGAGAGAAUGUCACUAGUAUCACGAACCUCACUGUUUUGUAUACUACUUUAUAUGUGCAAUAUUCAAUGAAUUUGCCUUUGCCCAAGUGGACACAAGACAUGUUUCCGAAUGGCAAACUUUUGGAAGCUACUCUCUUAUUCUUCAAAUUAUUGAGUUACGACAAGUUAAAAUAUUUCAAUGGAGGUGUAUUAUUGAAUACAAUAAUUGAGGACAUGAAUAAAGUGAUCAACGAAUCACUGCCAAAUCGAAAGAUUAAUCUUUUCUCUGCGCAUGACAUAAAUGUGGCCGCGAUAUUACAUGCUCUAAAUAUACCUCUACUUCAUACACCGGGGUAUACAAGCAGCGUUAUCAUAGAAUUACAUAAAAAAAGUGAGGCGUAUUUUGUCAAAGUGUUAUACUACUUGGGAACUCCAUCUAAUAUAAAAGAAAUCAGAAUUCCCGGCUGCGAAAUAUUAUGUCCGUACAAUAAAUUUGUCGAAUUAACAUGGUCAACUAAUGUCUCUAAAGAGCCAUGUAACCCAGCGAAAAUAGACGAAUAACCAGUAGAUCCCAGUAAUUUAAUAUAUUCAACAGGACUGGAGUUAUAAAGGUCAUAAAACUGACCAUCUAAGGUCAUUUUUCUUUUACGAAAUAUUAUAUUAUUUGCUUUUUAGAAAUAGAAUCGCAAUCAAAUUGUUACAUUUAUAUCGAACGAAAGGUGGAGAAACGUCUAAUAUUAUCAUUGGCAGCUAAAUUUUAUUUUAAUUAACGAAAUAGUUAAUAAGGCAAGAACACAUUUUAUAAGGUCUCGUUUUACAAACUUCAGUUUUACGUGGAGCAGUAUUGUUACAAUACCGUCUCCUAUCUAGUAUAAUAAAAUUGGCGCGGCAGACGGUUUUAUCACAUUUUCCUCAUUAUCCGGUAUCGUACCGCCGAAAACUAGAUGCCCAUACGAUCGCGGAAAGUUAAGUUCGUUAAGUAUGCUCAGAGUCGUGUCUUAUCGAAGACACGGAGCUCAGAUCCUCCGCCUACCGUGCCGUAGCAUAACAAUUACCCUAUUAUUUCGCACACACCGCCGCGGCGAUUCGUUGGGCCUAUACACCGCACAUUUCCGUUCCACGAUAUACUCCCAACUUCCAUUAAGGUUAAAUCUUUUCGGCCGUCGCGUAAGCAGAUAUCAACGCUGAAGUUUAAUUUGCCCUUUUACAUUAUUACCACUUACGGCCGUCGAUCAACGCUAUUUUAAUUUGAUUCUACACGAGGAGUGGAUCUAUCGUAGAAUGCGAGGAGAAAAUUGUUACUAAAAUUAUUUCCCAGAUAAUACAAAGAGAUAGAUUCUUUUUCAAUUCUUUCCGAAUAAAAAAGGUAAAAAGAGUUCUUUCGAGUACAUUUUUAACGGAUUACGACAGUCAUAAAGAAUUUUUUUUAAAUUAAAUUAUUUUUGAACUCAUAAUGAUCACCUGUGCGUUAACCCCAAGAGCGACAACUUCGAGAGAAACUUUUUCUGAAUCAAUAAUUCUAAUUAAGGUUGAAAUUGUGUAAGGAAAAUUAUUAUCAGAAUAUAUUACUUACAAUGCGAGGGGAAAAUUGUUACUAGAAUUAUUUCUCAGAUAACAGAAAGAGAUGGAUUCUUCUUCAAUUUCCGAAUAAAAAAGAUGAAAGGAGUUCUGUCGAAUACAUUUUUAACGGAUUACAACAGCCAUAAAGAAUUUUUAAAAAUUAAAUUCUUUUUGAGCUCAUAAUGAUCACCUGUCCGUUAACUCCAAGAGCGACAACUUCGAGAGAAACUUGUUUUUAAAUCAACAAUUCUAAUUAAUGUUAAAAUUAUGCGAAAUAUAUGGUGUAAGCCAAAUAAGAUUUACAAUAUAGAUGUGUUUUAUAUAAUUAUAUUAUAUUACCCGUUGUGUGUAUUACGGUGAAAGUUUUAUAAAUAGAACAUGUAUCUAAAUGUAAUAAAUCAAAAUAGAACGUA